AUGCCUCCAUCUCCAUUGACAGCGACCCUGCUCCAAUCCACCAUCCUCAACGCCAUAUCCAACCUCCUGGCGCAAGCGAUAGACCAGCACAAACAAAACAAACCAUUUACUCUCAACAUCCCGGCUUUCUUAGCAUUCAUCAUUUACGGGGCUAUUGUCGUGCCGCCCAAUUUUUACUGGCAGCGCUACAUUGAAGUCCGGUUCCCGGGCUUUCCAAAUCUAAGAAACGUAUUCAAGAGCAAUACAGAGAAAGACAAGCCAGUGCUAGAUCUUGAAGAUUCCCUCCCACGCAAGGAAAAACCCCCUCGACGACAGACAUUCUCUUCUGGUCCAUCGUCGUCUCCCUCAGGGUCGGGAUGGCGCAAUUUCGCUAUGAAAUUCACUCUCGACCAGACGGUAGCUGGCGUGGUGAAUAUCGUUCUAUUUAUCGUUCUGAUUAAUCUGCUUAAAGGAGAGGUUGGGAUUGGAGGUCUUUGGAAACUAGUCUGCGAUGACUUGCCCCCUAUUAUGAUCGCCCGCCUCAAGUUUCGGCCUCUGGUCUCGGGAUUGAUGUAUACUGUCAUUCCGGUAGACCGGCGAGUGGUGUUCGCGAGCGCGUGUGGUGUCAUUUGGGGAGUGUAUUUAAGUCUGUACGCGGCUGUUUAG